UCUCUCACCAAUUUUUCUCAUCUCACGUCAGUCGCACAGUUGGUCGACGCAGGCACGUUAUAUUCGCCUUGCAUUUUGUUGAGUAACGAGUAUCCGUUUAUAUCAAUUCAAUCGUCAUGGCAGAGGAAUAUCUUUAUGGAAUCACUCUGGAGGGGGAGAAGUCCAUUGAGGUCUGGGAUCCAGAACACAAAAAUGACGACGCUGAAGGCGGCAACCAACAUUUUGGCGUCGAUCAAAAACUCAUCAUCAAAAUGGCACUUUUGGGACCGGAAGCCAAGCCUGGCGAGCUCAAUGUCCUGCAGGUAGAGGCCAUGGGUCUGAAGGGACUCAUCAAGACUCCUAUUGCGCUUUUGGAGCGGGGAAAGACCGAACAAAUUAUUCUCGAUCUCAGCUUUCCGGAUCCACCAGUGACUUUCACACUUGUCAAGGGAAGUGGACCAAUUCACAUAGUUGGGCAUAAUCUUCUUGGAACUCACAUGGAAGAAUUUGAUGACUUGGAAGAUGAGAUGGAGGAAGAGAACAUCGAUGACGAGGAUGACGAAAAGGACACGGAGGUUGAGGACGAUGAGGACGAUGAGCCCAAAAAGAAGAAUGCCAAAUUGUCAGCUCCGGCCAAAAACAAAAAUCAGGCCAACAAGAACAAGAAAAAAUAAAGCAACUGUGGUGUUUGUCAUUGUGGCCUGAGAGAGAUAAAAAAAAUCCAUAUUUUAGGCUAAGAUAUAACGCGUAAGUCCAUUGACCAUCAUCCGUGCAUUUGUACGAAUUUACUAAUCUUAUCAUCGGAUUAUUCGGAUAUUUAACGAGACAGGAAUAGAGCCACCACGAUUGUGCGACAUUUACUAUUAUAGUUGACAAAUUGAUAAAAAGGAGUUAGCCAUUAAAUACUUGACACUGUCAUUAGAUUCUCCAUCGUUUCAAGAUCAUUUUACUUUCUUGUUACUUCCAAUUUUAUUUUUUCUUUCCACAAAAAUAAUGUGAGAAUAACUCACGAUAAUUGAAUCCUCGUAAUGACAAAGAAUUAUUAAAAUAAUGCUCAAUUUUCAAGUCGUCUUCAUCAUUCAUACUGUCAACUCUUCCAGAUUAAAAUACCAGUUAAUAAAUCAUUGUCAUGUAAUUUCUAUAAUUUUUUUUCCAUCGAGAUAUUCACGAAAUAACGUCAAUUGUCUGAAGAUAUUUCAAGUCAUUCCAUUUUCAACGAGUGGUUUGUACAUUUAUCGAGAGGUCACGAGUGUUAUGUGAUUUUUGUGUAAAGAAACACCGAAUGCCUGGGCUUUACGAGGGAAUCUUAAUGAAGAGGCACAGGUAUUUCUGGACGAUCGACUGCACACUCUGUACACCUAUUUUGUACAUAUAAGCGAUACAAUAAAAACAUUUCACAUAAA